GAGAGCAAUGAACUGUUUCUUAGAAGUAUAAAUAUAUAUAUACAUAUAUGUAAUCUUCACAUAGUAAUUAAUCUAAUCCAUUGAAGGAUUACAAAGUCAAAUUCCGGCCGUGAGUUCAUUUUGAGCUUCACAUACCAUCCAUCAAAGGACUUUCAAUCCGAUUGAUCAGCAGCAAAAGAUCAUUCAAUCUCCAUUCGUCGGCCAGAGAAAGACGAAGAAGAAGGAAUCAAUACCAAUAUGUCUCGAAACAUUUCAUACAUAACUGGCACUCAGCUUCUCUCCUUCAAACGCCGGCCAAAUGUCGCCAUCAUCGACGUUAGGGACGACGAGAGGAGUUACGAUGGCCAUAUUGCUGGAUCUCUGCACUUCGCUAGUGACAGUUUCUCUGAUAAGAUCUCUAAGCUUGUCCAAGAAGUGAAAGGGAAGGAUACGCUUGUUUUCCACUGCGCUCUUAGCCAGGUUCGUGGCCCGAGUUGCGCAAGGAAGCUUGCCAACUAUCUGGAGGGGAUUAAGGAGGAUGGUGGAAUAAAAAACAUAUGUGUUCUUGAACGCGGCUUCAACGGCUGGGAAGCAUCUGGCCAACCCGUUUGUCGCUGCAACAACGUGCCUUGCAAGGAGGGGAUGUAGGAUUCAGAAAAUUCAUCAAACAUCACCAUAGUUUUGAAGAAGAUUAAGGAGGGGAUAUGGUAUGAUAUUGUUAAAAGAAUUUUAUUUCAUAAAUAUGUGGAAUGCUAAAGUUGCAUUGUAUAUGUAUCCACUUCUGAUCAACAUGGCUAUUAUUGUUAUUAAGUUGGUGAACCCAGGGAUUCGUUUCUGCCAAGUCAGAUAAGAUAUUCCCAGGAUCCUUUUGCUACCAUGUUAGGAUACUUCCUAACAAGAAUUGAUAUAUGAAUUAAUGAAAGAACUAUCCUAACAAGAAUCGAUAUAUGAAUUAAUGAAGAACUACAAUAUUAUCCAA